AUGGUUCAAUCCGACUCGCAGCCGAAGUUAAGGAUGGGAUAUAAGAACGAGAAUUCAGAAGAAACCGAGAAUGACGAUAUCAUUAAGCCACCUGACGGAGGAUGGGGCUGGUUUGUUGUGCUUGGUGCUUUUAUUAUCAAUGUGAUUACCGACGGUUGCUCUUACUCGUUUGGAGUACUGUUUACGAACCUUAUUGAGUACUUCGAAGAAAGCAGAAGUAAGACAGCAUGGAUCGGUUCAGUCUUUUGUGCAGUUCCUCUACUCUGUGGACCUUUAGCCAGUUUUGUAACGAACAGAAUUGGCUAUAGAAAAGCCACUAUACUCGGAGGUGUAAUAACUACAGCCGGUUUUGUUUGUAGUUGUUUCGUGAAUUCAAUAGAAUCUCUAUGCAUUACAUAUGGAGCUAUUGCAGGCCUCGGUAUAUCGCUUCCGUACCUCAACUCUAUUGUCGUCGUGGCAGAGUACUUUGAAAACAAACGUGCUCUGGUGACCGGCCUGUCCGAGUGUGGUGCUGGCAUAGGUACGUUGCUAUUUGCACCGAUGUUGGAGCGUUUGAUCUCAGAGUAUGGAUGGAGAGGAGCGGUUCUUAUAAUGGGGGGACUAGCGGGAAACAUUGUUGUUUGUGGGGCACUCUUUAGACCACUUCGUGUCGUAGAUUCCGACCAAAAGACAUUGCCAAGUAGUCAAGAGCCAUUCAUUACAAACAAUUCACUGGAUCGGUAUUCCAGUGGUACCCCAACAGAAUUUAAGGUUUUAAGGGCAACAAGGGGAGAUAUUCCCGAAUGUAGUGAUUGGACAUCAGAUUCAGCCUCAAGUUGUUCAUGUGAACGAGAGUCUUCACAUGACGAUAAUGUAUGCAGAACAAGUCAGCUAUCAAUAAAAGUUGUUAACUUACCGGAGAAUCCAUCAUUGAUAGGAGGAAGCAUUGCUUCCUUACCUCAAGUGAUACGUGCAUCCAAGAGUUGCCCCGAGGUCCGGGAAAACAUCAAACUUAAGUACCAAACCAAGUCAAAGAUUGCUUGUCCUAAGUCGAUCGUCGAUUUGAGUGUUCUAGGAAAUCCGGCUUUUCUUAUUUUUGCAUUUUCCAACUUCAUUUUAUAUUUCUGGUAUGACGUCCCAUACGUGUUUACAGUGGACAGAGCCAAAGAGAUGGGUAUUAACAAGAGGGAUGCCUCUUUAAUGGUAGCCAUCAUAGGCAUUCUACAUACUAUAGGUAACAUACUGUACGGCUAUCUGGGCGAUAGACAGUGGAUGAACAGAUCUUAUUUAUAUUGUGUAUCAAUGAUUCUUUGUGGUGCUACCUUGGCCAUUGUUCCAGUUUUCACGACGUUCGUUCCGUCGACUAUCGUCGCUGGUAUCUUCGGACUAUUGUCUGCUGCAGCGGAGGCCCUGUGCUCUGUCAUCAUCGUGGACAUACUAGGUAUAGACAAACUCACUGAUGCCUUUGGUAUUAUGAUGUUUCUGCAGGGCACAGCAAACCUGAUGGGACCACCGUUUGCAGGGUGGCUUUAUGAUGUCUACAGAACCUAUGACAAGACAUUCUGGUCGGCCGGAAUUUGUAUCAUUGUGGCUGGCUGUGUCUUUGUCGUUGUACCAAUGUGGAAGCGGUGCAGAAAGUCGAAAUUUUUCAUAUUUUUAUGAACAGAACUGUACGAUAUAUCAAUUUUGCAGUAAUUGUCUUGCCAAAUCCAUAUUUAUAUAUCAUUAUGUCGCUGGCGAUGCUAUAUUUUUGCUUGGUUCAGUAAAUAUAAAUGAACCAGUGUUCACAUUCCA